AUUAUUUCGAUACUUUAUUUAUUUGAACUAAAAAAAAUACAUUUUUUUCAAAUAUCGCUCCAACAUCAAGUAAUCAAUUCUUCUUUCUGCAAACUCAACGUUUGCAAACGCCACAUCCUACGCGCUGUAUAUAUGAUAUGGCCAUCCUGAUUGGUCGAAAAUUAAAAGAACGUUUCCGUUUGAAAGAAAAAAAAUACGAGAAAUUCAUAAGACUUCAACGGGUUUCACAACGAAUUUGAUAGGGGAAUUUUUUUCUUCAUUAAUCAACGUUUGACGAAUAUUUAUUUUUAAUUUCAAAACAAGCAAUGCGAACAAAAGAUACUUUGUCCGUCAGAUGACGAGAUAACCGAAGCCAGAUAGUCCAGACGCCAUGUUGCCAGAUACACAAGAUGACCUCUCCUCCUCCCAAGAAUUAAGGUUAUGUAAAGCGCAGAUACUGGAGCAAUUAUCUUUGUAAAUAGUCGAUAUCACAGCGGCAGAGCCCGAAAAAACAUUCGGCGAAAAUUCGCGUGAUAAAGUUUGGAAGUCCGUGAGCAAGUCGUUUCGUCGAGUGGAUCGCGAGGCUCCUCUAAAAAGCUGGCGGGAAGAGGCGCACGGUAUUGUAUCAGUGUAUAUGUACAUGGCGUCUGACAUUGAUUCUGUUGGAAAUGCACGCCACUACACCCAAUGAAAGAAGGAAAGUGGCCGGUGGCGUUCUUGCAGUCUGAGAGUUCUCGUGGCCGCUGCCAACCGACGCGCCGAAAAACGUGCGCGCACGCGACCAACGACCUGGAACAGCGAGUUAUUAUCGUCGUGGCGCCGAGGCGCGAUAGAAUGUCGCCAACAAUAAGGCCCGCUGCCUGAUACAGACGUGUCUUAGCUGCGCGCCGAGUGGAAAUAAUAACAUGGCGAGUCCGUCGCCUCAGCCCUCGCCUAUGCCGCCGCCGUCGCAAAUGGGCCCGCCGCAGCAGGUGCCCUCGCCCUCGAACCAAGCCCAGGGCAGCCCCAUGGGUAUGCCGCCCCAGCCGCCGCAUCACCCCCACAGCCCCGCCCCGGGAUAUCCGGAACAGCAGCAGCAGCCGCCGCAGCAGCAGGGACCUCCUCCGCAACAAGGUUACGGAGUCCCACCACUGCAGCAGCAACCUUCCCAGGCUUACCCACAUCCCCAGCAGCAGAUGCCGCCGGGCAUGGGUAUGCCUGCACAGCACCAUCCUCACAGUCCUCAAGGAUACGAGGUGGUGCCACAUGGAGCAGUGCCUCCCCAACAGCCAGUUGUUCCUGCAAUGAUGCCACAACAACACUCGCCUCAUUCGCAGCUUCCACCUCAGCUGCCUCAUCAGCAAGCAAUGCCUCCGCAUCCGCCUGUGCAGCAACAUUAUCCUGCACAUCCACAGCAGAUGCCUGGUGCUAUGGGAGCCAUAGGACAGAGUGGGCCUCCAGGGCCAGUGAGUAGUGUGCAGCAAGCACCACAACCACCCCCACACGGUGGACCCAUGGGGCCAGGACAGCCUGGACACAUUGCACCAUCGCAUUCACCAGUACCUGGACAUCCUCAUAUAAAUAUGGCAGGCAAUCAACCUCAUCCACCAGGAGGGCCAACUGGACUACCUCCAAUGGCACAAGUUCCUGGACAAGUUGGGCCACCUAUGCAAAACUGUGCACCACCACCUGGAUCAGUGAUAGGAAGUGGUCCAGCACCUACGCAAGAGAAUCUGAAUGCUUUACAAAAAGCCAUCGACACCAUGGAAGAGAAAGGGCUCCAAGAAGAUCCGCGAUAUCUACAGCUUCUUGCGCUAAAAGCGCGACAAAAUGGAGUUAUGAACGACAAGCAUGCAUUCAAUCCUCAACAAAUUCAGCAGCUUCGUGCUCAGAUAAUGGCAUAUCGUGCACUAGCGCGAAAUCAACCUUUGUCACAAAUGCAGGUACUGGCUGUGCAAGGCCAAAGGCCACUGGAUCCAAACCUGGGUCCAAUGCCUGCAGGUGUACCACCCAAUGGCAGUGUUCCUGGAUUCCCAGGUCCCAUAAAGCCAAGUCAAGGUCCACAACAAGGACAACAGCAGGCAUCUCAGCAGAUGUCUAAAAAUAAUAAGGUUACUAUAAUGGCCAAGCCUGCUGGACUUGAUCCCAUAGUGAUAUUGCAAGAGCGAGAAAAUCGAGUGGCAGCAAGAAUAGCGCUCCGAAUGGAGCAGCUGAAUUAUUUACCUACAAACAUGCCCGAAGACUUGCGCAUUCAAGCACAAAUCGAGUUGGGAAUGUUGAGGGUACUCAACUUCCAGAGGCAGCUUAGGACAGAAAUUCUGGCUUGCACGCGAAAGGAUACGACGUUGGAAACAGCGGUAAACGUAAAAGCGUACAAACGAACAAAGAGGCAGGGUCUGCGAGAAGCUAGAGCCACAGAGAAGCUCGAGAAACAACAGAAAUUAGAGGCUGAGAGAAAGAGAAGACAGAAACAUCAAGAGUUCAUUAGUUCAGUACUCCAGCAUAGUAAAGAUUUCAAGGAAUUCCAUCGUAAUAACGUUGCUAAAUUAGGUCGUCUCAAUAAAGCUAUUAUGAAUCACCACGCGAAUGCCGAAAGGGAACAGAAGAAGGAACAAGAGAGGAUAGAGAAAGAACGUAUGCGACGUUUGAUGGCAGAGGAUGAAGAAGGUUACAGAAAACUGAUUGAUCAGAAGAAAGACAAACGGUUGGCCUUUCUGCUUUCUCAAACAGAUGAGUAUAUUUGUAACCUUACAGAAAUGGUCAAACAGCAUAAAAUGGAACAGAAGAAAAAGCAAGCUGAAGAACAGAAGCGUAAGAAGAAGAAAAGGUAUCACGACGGCGAAAAUGGAGAUGGUAAUGCUGAAGAUGUCCGCGUUAGUGUUGUUGAAAUAUCUACUGGUCGAACUUUGACUGGUGACGAAGCGCCGUUGUCGAGCCAAUUGAAUGCUUUCUUAGACUCUCAUCCAGGAUGGGAAGCAAUUGAAUCAGAGAGCGAAUACGAAGAUGAUGAAGAAGAAGAAGACAAGCAUGCAGAUAAGAAAGGUGAUGCUGAAGAAGAUAGAGUUAAAAAGACCAUACAAAAAGCCAAAGUGGAAGAUGAUGAAUAUAAAACUGAAGAACAAACUUAUUAUAGUAUUGCUCACACUGUUCAUGAAGUUGUUACAGAACAAGCGUCCAUUAUGGUCAAUGGUAAACUAAAGGAAUACCAAAUUAAAGGUCUGGAAUGGAUGGUUUCGUUAUUUAACAACAAUCUUAAUGGUAUCCUGGCUGAUGAGAUGGGUCUAGGUAAAACCAUUCAAACGAUAGCUCUUGUAACAUACCUUAUGGAAAAGAAAAAAGUCAAUGGACCAUUUCUGAUUAUUGUCCCUUUGUCUACACUUUCCAAUUGGAUUUUGGAAUUCGAAAAAUGGGCACCCAGUGUCGUUGUUGUUUCUUACAAAGGGUCCCCAGCUGGAAGGAGAGCCAUUCAGUCCCAGAUGCGUGCUACGAAAUUUAAUGUAUUAUUGACUACUUAUGAAUAUAUUAUCAAAGAUAAAAGUGUCUUAGCAAAGUUACAGUGGAAGUAUAUGAUUAUAGAUGAAGGGCAUAGAAUGAAAAAUCACCAUUGUAAAUUAACUCAAGUGUUGAACACUCAUUAUCUUGCACCUCAUCGUUUGUUGCUCACGGGUACGCCAUUACAAAACAAAUUACCAGAAUUGUGGGCUCUGCUGAAUUUCUUACUACCAUCUAUCUUCAAAUCGUGCAGCACUUUUGAACAAUGGUUUAAUGCACCGUUCGCCACUACUGGUGAGAAAGUCGAAUUAAAUGAAGAAGAAACCAUUCUUAUUAUCCGUCGUCUGCAUAAAGUAUUGCGGCCGUUCUUGUUAAGACGUUUGAAAAAAGAAGUAGAGUCACAACUACCUGAUAAAGUAGAAUAUAUUAUUAAGUGUGAUAUGUCUGGCUUGCAGAAAGUUUUGUACAAGCACAUGCAGAGCAAAGGCGUCCUGCUCACAGAUGGAUCUGAGAAAGGAAAGCGAGGCAAGGGAGGUGCGAAAGCCUUGAUGAACACAAUCGUUCAACUCCGUAAACUUUGUAAUCAUCCAUUUAUGUUCCAAGCUAUCGAAGAGAAAUACAGUGAACACUUAGGCAUACAAGGAGUUGGUCUUAUAAGCGGUCCUGAUUUAUAUAGGGCUUCUGGCAAAUUCGAACUAUUGGAUCGCAUUUUACCAAAAUUAAAGGCUACGGGUCACAGGGUAUUGUUGUUCUGUCAAAUGACACAACUUAUGACCAUUAUGGAGGAUUAUCUGAAUUGGCGCGGCUUCAGGUAUCUAAGGCUAGACGGAACAACAAAGGCCGAAGAUAGAGGGGAUCUACUGAAAAGAUUCAACGAUCCUAGUUCAGACUAUUUCCUCUUUAUUUUGUCUACUCGAGCUGGUGGUCUUGGUUUGAAUCUUCAAGCUGCAGAUACUGUAAUUAUUUUUGAUUCUGACUGGAAUCCUCACCAAGACUUGCAAGCUCAAGACAGGGCUCAUAGAAUAGGACAGAAGAAUGAAGUAAGGGUUUUAAGAUUAAUGACUGUAAAUUCGGUGGAAGAGAGAAUUUUAGCAGCUGCUAGAUAUAAAUUGAACAUGGACGAGAAGGUAAUUCAAGCCGGUAUGUUUGAUCAAAAGUCGACAGGAUCCGAGCGGCAGCAAUUCCUUCAUACAAUUUUACAUCAAGAAGACGCAGAUGACGAAGAAGAAAACGAAGUGCCGGAUGACGAAACAGUCAAUCAAAUGAUCGCUAGGUCAGAAGGCGAGUUUGAAACUUUCCAAAAGUUGGACAUAGAAAGAAGAAGGGAAGAAGCUAAAUUGGCACCAGAAAGAAGGUCUCGUUUGUUGGAGGAAGCUGAGCUUCCUGAGUGGUUAGUUAAAGAUGAAGACGAAGUAGAAAGUUGGACAUUUGAAGAAGACGAAGAAAAAACAAUUAUGGGUAGAGGUUCUAGGCAGCGCAAAGAAGUCGAUUAUACUAACAGCCUUACAGAAAAGGAAUGGCUCAAAGCAAUCGGCGAAGAAGGCGGUGAUUUCGAAGAAGAGGAAGAAGAUGACAAAAAGAACAAAAAAGGAAGAAAAAGACGAAAGAAGGGAGAGGAAGACGAUGAUUCUGCUCCUAAAAAACGACGAGGUGCGGGUAUUGACCCAAAACUUAAGAGAACCAUGAAGAAGUUGAUUUCUGUAGUUGCUAAUUAUACAGAUAGCACAGAUGGUCGAGCGUUAAGCGAGCACUUUAUAGAAUUACCUUCUCGGCGCGAUUUUCCGGAUUACUACGAAAUUAUUAAAAGACCAAUAGCCAUUAACAAAAUUAUUCAAAAAAUUGAAGAUGGCAAGUAUGCGGAUUUGGACGAUCUCGAGAAGGAUUUCAUGCAUCUCUGCAAGAACGCACAAAUCUACAAUGAAGAAGCAUCCAUGAUAUACGAAAAUUCUGUAGUCUUGCAGUCAGUAUUCACGAAUACACGACAAAGGCUAGAAGCGAAAGCAGCGGCGGCAGCUGCAACUGCCUCUGACGAUGAGCGAGACAAAGAGGAUGGCUCUGAUUUAGAUUCUAGUGUAAAGAUGAAAAUUAAAAUUAAAGGACGAAAAAGUGAAGGUGGUGGCAGAGGUGGUCGAAGAAAAAGAAUAACCAAAAAGUGUAUAUCUGAUGACGAGGAAGAAACGGCUACGGUUGAGAACAAUUGAGUGUGUCUGUAAAAUUUAGAAUUAUAUUUCAAGCAGCUUUCUAAGUAAGCAUAUCUCAUCAUUUUAAGAACAAGAAAGACUAUGAAAGGUGACUUAGAGUGCUAUAAAAAACGAUAACUUUUUUAAGUGGUUGUAGAAAAUGAGUGGGCGUUCUGUAAACUAUUAGAUACACUGUUAGUGAAAUCGAUCGGAUUUAUUCUAUUUUGAUUCAACUUUUUUUGGCUAUAUUUUUCGGACCUUUCACGGAACGGUGGAUUGUGUACAAUAUUAAUAUACAAUAAAUGAGAUAGAUCGAAUUCUAUAAAUA